AUGGACGUACCCUGGUCGCUGUUUCUCCUCCUGUGCGGCCUCCACAUGACCUUGACCGGGGUGUUGGGCAAACACAUCGAUCCCCGAAACCUGUUCACGCAGAGAAUGUGCUGCAAGAGACAGAGCCACUUUGUGUACAUAGGACAAGAUAUCUCUGGGAGCCCUGUCAGUGUGGAUGUGGGCCUGUGCAGGUCUCAUUGUGUAGCAGCCUCGUCCAGAACCUCCUCACAUGAACAACAGGAUUAUUCUAAAUAUUCCUCCAUGCUGGAGUUCCUCAGGAGCAAGAAACUGAGGAGCCGAGGAGCCGGAGCAGCGGAGAGCUCGGAGCCGGAGAACCAGAGGCCUUCCUGCGGGCCCGAGCAGCGGUGUAACCCCACCGGGAUGCGGGUGGAGCGGCUGCUGCUGCUGGGGGGGGCCCGGGCCGUGGAGGUGGUGCAGGAGUGUCAGUGCGACGUGCAGCCGAGUCAGUGCAUCCGAGUCCCGGCGCUGAAGUCCUACUUCUCCGAGACCCCGUACGAGACCGUCAUCGACGUGGGAGGAUGCUCCAGCUCCAAGGGCUUCCCAGAGGGAUUCUCCUGUGUCCCCACCAAGUUUGACUCGGCUCUGGUGGAAACCCCCAACAAAGCGGAUCUGAUCCAGACGGUGGUGGCCUGCGAGCUGAAGGAAAGCUGCUACCGGGUCCCGUACGUGGAGUAUUACUAUGAAAUCGUCCUUCACGCAGAUGGGGUCCGAGAAGAGAGGCUAAAAGAAAUAGAUGUGGGCAGAUGCUUGGGAGGCUGCACUACAGGAAACCGAUGCCUUCUCAGAAGUCCAUCUGAUCCUGGGACCUGCCACUUAUGGGCUGAGGGACAGUCCAGCUCCUGCGUCCCUCAGAGCUAUGAGAGCCACAGCUUCCUCAACCAGCAUGGAGUGAUCCGCACCGUCCUCUCCAUCACCUCCUGCCUCUGCCAAACCUGA